AUGGCUCCUUCAUCUGAUCGGCGUGCACAGCGUAACAGAAGCAGAGACCCUAGUUGGAUCCCUCGACCUAGAAACGCCUUCAUAAUCUUUCGCUGUGAAUACUCACGCAAGCACAGUCAAGCAUCCCAAGAAGGCGACGAGGAAUCAGAAGCACCGAAUCCUACAGCCAAAACCCUCUCCAAGCGAGCGGCUGAGGCGUGGAAGGAGCUGUCCGCUUCUGAAAAGGACACUUAUAAAGUGCUUGCAGAUAAGGAGAGGGAGGAGCAUGCACGUCUCUACCCCCACUAUCGCUUUCGUCCAAUGAGGCGGCAAAUCUCCGGAUUGAAGAAGCGCCAAUACGACCUGAGCAUGAGCAACAGCAGUUUCCUGCUGGAUUCUUCAGACGAACAAAUGCAUACUUAUAUGGCGGAUGUGGAUGAAGACUCGCAAGAGGACGUUGCACAUCAGCACGCCAUCGAGAAGGAAGGGAGCGACAGUUUCGAUGCAUUUGGAGACUCCGCACUAAAAGACGCCCUUGGGAACUGUCUCGCAGCUCAACGACGAUCAUCGUCUGUUCCGCUGCCCGACGCGUUCCCAACACCCAUCCUCCCCUCACAUGCUCCAAAGGACGAUUUAUGCAGGUCUCGCUCGACUGAAGGACGAGAGUGGACGCUGCGUCCCCUUGACUAUGUGUCACAGGCGGCACAU